AAAAGGGAAAAAUCCAUUUAUUUCCUUAGCUCUCUCUUCUCUCUCAAACCCUCCCAUCGUUCCCUCAUCUCUCAAUCUCUUAUCUCUUCUGCAUCUCCUCCUCUGUUGCCGGCCCUUAACCCCUUAGCAGUGCAACAUGUCUCCUCUUCCUUCUCCUCUUCUUACUCUUCUUUUCUCCUCCUCCUCCACAGACCAUGGUGUGGUCAUCGAUUUGCUUAGACUCAUGACCACAACUAGUGGUGGCUCUCUGCAUCAAGCCACAUGCCACGACAUGGCCGUGGGUUUGUUCAAAGAACCACAUCCACACAAUUAGCUAGGUUUGGUUUUAUUUUUGUUGGUUAAUCGAUAUAGAUUUUGAUUUGUUGGUUAUUUUGGUUCGUUCGAGUUUGGGAGAGGAGGAGUGAUUGAGCCACAUAUCUGAUGGUUUCCGUGCAUGGAGAGCCAUGGCCAUGAGUCACCCACUUGCCUGCCAAACGGACUUCCCACACAAGUGAGGGCGGGGUGCCUGCCCAAGUAGGGCGGGUAGCACACCUAGUUUGAAUCAUUUAUUGCGUGAAGCUCUUGCAAGAAGAUUGUAGGUAUUGUACCCAGCUGUAUUGAGAUGGUAGUUGAGGAUCUCCACUUCUACAUCCUACAUAGUAGACAAAAUCCACUUCUUGACCAAAAAAUAUAUACACACGUACUCUAGGAAAGAAUAACUCCAAUAUUUCUUUAGUUUUGUUUCUUUAUUUUUGUUGCUAGUGAUUGUGUGGAGUCCGUUUUCCUUCCAAACCUAGUUCAUUUAACCACCGUUUAUAACUGCGUUAAAAAAUUGGCACCAUUAAAUUUGCUUGUAAUAUAUGUUAGAACAGUUUUUUUCAUCUUACAAUCAUAUUUAAUGACAGUAAUUUUAGAACAACCAUAUAUUAAUGAUUGUAGGGCUUUAUAGUUUUAAUAUAUAUGUUAGAACAAUCUCCCCAAUGCCAAAUCUCCAAUGGAUGUACCUACAAAAAUGAAAAAACAAUAUUGAAGCAUGUUAGAGUACUCUCAAUGGAUUUUUCAUCCUAUAUUUUAAAAUACAUCACCAAAACUCGCUUUUUCUAUUUUAUAUAGAGACUUUUACAAUAUAUAUAUAUAUAUAUCAUACAUCAAUUUAUCAUUUUUUCUUUAUAUCAUUUAAAUAUUAUACUUUUUAAUAUAUUUGAUUCAUUUCAAGUAAAGUAAAAAGUAGAAAGUAGAUAAAGAAAUGAAUAAAGAGUAAAAAGUAGAGAGAGAAAUAAAUUAAAUAUUUAUACAAGUGUGAAUAGUAUUCUAUAGAUGUAGAGAUGGUAUUGUAGUAAACUGGAUAUUAGUUAUAAAAUAUAUAAUCCAUUGGAUGGGCUAUAUUAAGCUAUUUCCUUCAAAUUUUACAAAAACAUGGGUUUUACAUAACCUAUUGAGAAUGCUCUUAGUCAGUUUAACUAUUUGGAUAGUUCUAAUUGGGUAAAGAAAUAAAAUACAACUAAAAAUAGGAUAGACUGGCUAGGCCUGUGUAGAAAAUGUUAGGACCCAGCUUGUCCGUGUGGCCCGACUUGACCCGACCAAAAAAGUGGGUUGAAGUAAUUUGCGGUUCGAACCCGCUGAAAUCGAUAUAAUGUUAUAAAGAAGACUAAAAAAAGCGGGCGGGUUUCAAAGUCAUCGAACCCCGUAGAAAAAAAGCACUUUCUCGCCCUUUCCUACCUGCUAGUUGUUCUCAUGGCCACGAUCUUCUCCCUUUUCAAGUACUUCGACAGCCUCACCGUCGUGGCCAUUUCGUUUUGCACUGCCAUAGUCUGCAAGACAAUCUCCUCAAUUGACAAGGCUGCUAAGAAGUUGGAGAUGAUGAAAACUAAAUCCUCCGCCAAGAUCACCAAGAAAUCUAAGACCAAAAAGAUGGACUGUGUCGAGACCAGUCUCAAGGAGUUGAGCCGCGACCUCUCCCUCUUCAAGUUCAAGUCCGACGCCAUUGUCUCCCUUGUCCUCUUCGUCGUCUUUGGUCUUCUUAACUCACUCUUCUUAGGGUUUUCACCACCACGCGGUGCUAGCUCCGACCUCUUCCCCAUGCCAAAUCCCAAAACCAAUUGAUCUGGUUCACUGCUACUCUUCCUUUUUUUUUUUUUUUUCUAAUAUUCAAAUUAUGAUUGUUAUCUUCUAGAUCAUACAGAGUAAGGUUUUGAUCGAAUUCUAUUAGGAUAGUGGGAUUUGUAAUUUCUGUCUGGAUUGUGCAUUUAUCCAUGAAUUCUCGAGAAAAUGGGCUCUAUUUGUAUUGGCUGAUGCUAGGUUUUGAUUGGAUUGUAUAGGGAUAAUGGGUUUGUAAGGUUUUUUUGGAUCUGUUUGUAUACGAUUCGGGUUCCCAUUAACUGCUUCCAAUCUUGGGUCGGGCCAUAUCAGAUUGGUUUGUUCUUGAGACGGGUCG